CGGAGCGGGGGUGCCUCCCCCGGUAUAAGGCAGCAGCGGGGCCGGGCCGGCCGAGCGGAGCUACGGCGGUUCGGGCAGAGGAAGUGUGCGACAGCGGCAGCAUGCGCGAGUGCAUCUCCGUCCAUGUCGGCCAGGCCGGCGUCCAGAUGGGCAACACCUGCUGGGAGCUGUACUGCCUGGAGCACGGCAUCCAGCCCGACGGGCAGAUGCCCAGUGACAAGACCAUCGGUGGAGGGGACGACUCCUUCACCACCUUCUUCUGCGAGACCGGUGCUGGGAAGCACGUCCCACGGGCCAUCUUUGUGGACCUGGAGCCCACUGUGAUCGAUGAGAUUCGAGGAGGGGUCUACCGGCAGCUCUUCCACCCUGAGCAGAUGAUCACUGGCAAGGAGGAUGCUGCCAACAACUAUGCCCGUGGGCACUACACCAUUGGCAAGGAGAUCAUUGACCAAGUGCUGGACAGGAUCCGGAAGCUGGCUGACCAGUGCACCGGCCUCCAAGGCUUCCUUGUGUUCCGCAGUUUUGGAGGUGGCACUGGCUCAGGAUUCACCUCCCUGCUGAUGGAACGACUCUCUGUUGACUAUGGCAAGAAGUCCAAGCUUGAGUUCUCCAUCUACCCAGCCCCACAGGUCUCCACUGCCGUGGUGGAGCCCUACAAUUCCAUCCUCACCACACAUAGCACCUUGGAGCACUCGGACUGUGCCUUCAUGGUGGACAACGAGGCCAUCUAUGACAUCUGCCGCAGGAACCUGGACAUCGAGCGCCCAACUUACACCAACCUCAACCGCCUCAUCAGUCAGGUCGUCUCCUCCAUCACUGCCUCUCUGAGGUUCGAUGGAGCACUCAAUGUCGACCUCACUGAGUUCCAGACCAACCUGGUGCCCUACCCUCGCAUCCACUUCCCCCUGGCUACCUACGCCCCGGUUGUUUCAGCCGAGAGGGCUUAUCACGAGCAGCUGUCGGUGGCUGAGAUCACCAACUCGUGCUUCGAGCCAGCCAACCAGAUGGUGAAGUGCGACCCUCGGCACGGCAAGUACAUGGCGUGCUGCCUGCUGUACCGCGGGGACGUGGUGCCCAAGGACGUCAACGCCGCCAUCGCCACCAUCAAGACCAAGCGCAGCAUCCAGUUUGUGGACUGGUGCCCAACCGGUUUCAAGGUGGGCAUCAACUACCAGCCGCCCACGGUGGUGCCGGGGGGAGACCUGGCCAAGGUGCAGCGCGCCGUCUGCAUGCUGAGCAACACCACGGCCAUCGCCGAGGCCUGGGCGCGCCUGGACCACAAGUUCGACCUGAUGUACGCCAAGCGCGCCUUCGUGCACUGGUACGUGGGCGAGGGCAUGGAGGAGGGGGAGUUCUCCGAGGCGCGGGAGGACAUGGCCGCCCUGGAGAAGGAUUACGAGGAGGUGGGCCUGGACUCCUACGAGGAUGAAGAGGAGGGCGAGGAGUAGAGUGGUCGCCUGGCAGAGGACCUUGCUGCUUUUCCCGUGUCACCUGCGGAAACCCUUUGCAAUAAAUCAUUUGAGAACCUCCGUGUCUCCCAGUGACCCCCCAGCUGUGCUGGUUUCUUGCCAGGUCAGGUGUGUGGUGCAUGCUUCAGUGCUGCUGCUGCUGCUGCUAUGCUUCCUCCCUGCGUGCUCUGCUCCUGCUGCCCGUGCAGCUAAAAGCCCUGCACUUGUGGCUGAGGACAGGAUGCACACCACACUCUGGGUACAUCCCCAGCCCAAGGAAUCAGGAGGAAUUCUUAUGAUGUGAUGGGAGAAGCACCAGGCUCAGGACCUGAAACCAAAGGGUCUGGCAGAAGAGAGGAAUGGUUUCCCUUGGGGAAGCCUGCAGUAGUUUUCCGUCUUUUCAGUGAGAUUUUGUUUUGUGUGAGCAGGGAUUUGGGAAGGCAUCCCAGUAGGCUGAACUCAAAAGGAAAAAAUGAAGGAAGUAGGAACAGCCUGUCCUACUGCUUUUUCUCAUGCUGGAGCCGAUAUCAGUGGACUUCAAAUGAUCCCCAGUGGCUUUGGUACCAUUUUGUACCUUUCCCAUGGUAGCUUCUAGGGAUGCCAUGGGCACAUCCCAAUGGAACAGCUCCCUGCUUCCCUGCUAGGGAGGGGGGG